UUGUAUCCGUAACGGAUCGAUCGAUCAAGCCGGAUCAAGCCGGAUCAAGCUGUUUGCGCAAACCACAGGAAUAUUGCCCUUCCGGUUUGCAUAGUACUUGCCAAUGCAAGCAACUCCAGUUCUAUUUGAGGCUUUUGGGCAUCUCAGCGACUUCUUUGCUCAUCGCCCGUGUGUUAGGUGGGGUGAAAAACACAAGUCCAUACAGCGUCUGUCCGAUAACUGGCCUGUCAUGGUGGGCCGACCAAGCAAGAAAGCGAAGUUCUCGCGCUAUGUUGACGUGAAUGAGGCUCGUCCUGCACCUGUGUACGACCGUUUUCGUUCCUAUGGGAUACAGCACAAUGGCGACUUGUCCGUCGACACUACAUACAUGCUUUCUCAGCCUACCGAUAAUCAUAACCCCUCAUCUGAGUCGUCUCCUGUUUUACCGAGUCUCGAUGACUGGAAUGAAAUACAAUAUCAAGACCCCGAGCCUCAGGGACAAGAAUCAGAACACAUACCGAAGAGAAAAAGGCCUGGCGCAGACAACCCCCUGUUACAAUGGCUGCACGAACGUUCUGCUUUCUUGGAUGAGCUCAUCCGUCUUGAAGGCCGUGGUAAUGAGUGGACGCUUUUGAAUUGUCGUUGCGGUACCGACAAUGCAAUCCCUCUUUACCGUUGUAGAGAUUGUUUUGGCGUCGAAAUGGUCUGCCAGGCGUGUAUUAUUCCCCGUCACUUAAGCAAUCCCCUUCACCGUAUAGACAUGUGGAACGGCAAAUUCUUCGAGAGUGUAACAUUAAAAACUCUCGGAUUGCGCGUGCAGCUAGGCCAUACGCCUGGUGAGCGCUGCUACAAUGCCCAGCCGGUGUCUGGCGACGAAUUUACGGUAAUUGAUGCGCAUGGCAUCCAUGAUGUCGCUGUAGACUUCUGCGGAUGCGAAACUGCGCAGAUACGCUACAAGCAGCUUCUACGAGUUCGGUGGUUUCCAGCUACCACAUCCGACCCUCGAACAGCGGCGACAUUCAGCAUCCUGGAAUUGUUUCAUUUGCUCUCUUUCGAGUCGAAAGUAUCUUCGUACGAAUUUUACCAUAGUUUGGCAAGGCGGUCAGACAACACAGGAACCUCGCCAAUCAAGGAUCGUUAUUCGGAGUUCAUGCGGAUGAUGCGAGAAUGGCGUCACAUAAUGCAACUCAUGCGCACUGGUCGUGGCCAUGAUCCCAAAGGUAUCGAAGCAACACCAAAUGGGGGGUGUGUUGUACCAUGCCCAGCAUGUCCACAUCCAGGAAUCAAUAUUCCUGACGGAUGGGAGGAUUCACCACCUGACAUUAGGUGGCGGUAUGCGUUAUUCCUCGCCAUUGAUGCCAACUUUCGGCUGAAGCGCAAGGCUGUAUCUAGCGAUGAUCGCGACCCGAGUCUUAAUUCAGGAUGGGCUUAUUUUGUGGAAGAGGAUGCUUACAAGAAGUUUCUGUCUGAACGAAGCACAGAACGGCAAGAAAGAAGCACCUGCGUCAGUCACAACGCGGUGAAUACUGCGGAUACAAAGGCGUCCCGAGGACUUGCAGCAACCAGUGUUGGGUCUGUUGUUUGUGCACGACACGAGAUGAGACUUCCCAAUAGCGUAGGCGACCUCCAGAAGGGAGAAAAGUAUAUAAACAUGGAUUACCUUGUUUUUUCGGUCCUCGUCAGCUUCGGCCUUGCUGUAUUCAACUUGUCCUAUGACAUCGCCUGUCAGUGGCAUAAGAAACUCUGGUCUCGCAAUACCACCAUGCCACAACGACUGCAAUUUAACCGUGAAAACAAGACAGCCCAUAUCCAGGCUUGCCAAACAACAUUCUCGUUUAAUUUCUCCAAAUGGGUGGGGCGGACCGACGGAGAGGCACCCGAACGUGGUUGGGCGGAUAUCAAUCGUGUUGCAACGAGUACAAGGGAGAUGGGGCCUGGUAACCGUCGUGACACGCUCGACGAUCACUUCGGUGAUUGGAAUUGGAAGAAGACCACUAUGUUGGGUACGUUGUUUUAUCAUCCCCAUCGUGAAGAACUCGCUGAACUUGAAGAUGCAAUCGAUGCGUCAACAUUAGCAUUGUGGCGUGCGGAUGUAGAAGCAUGGGAGGAGGACAAUACAAAUGCAAACCCCUUUGAAAGUCGAGUCGUUCCGAUGACUCAAGCUACGGUUCGCUUGGAAUUCGCAGAACGUGAAAUACGUGACUUGCAAGAUGGAAUCGACUUGUCCCUUCAUGCUGAGAUUUCACCCAGCAUGCUCAUAGCAAAUGGGCUCGAGCUCGAAGACCAGCAGCGGCGUCUAUGUGCGGACAGGAAAACGUCAAGCCAAAAUCCUACUGACAACCAGAAGGCCAAAAUGCAAACGCGCUCAAACGCGCUGCAACGCAAGCUCGACGCCUGGAUCCAAGUUCAAACAUUGUACAUGCCUGCCGUCGCUUCCCUUCGCCUUCGCGCCCAGCAUGAUGACAGCCCCCAACACGAAAUGCCUGAGGAUUUCGUUCUUCUCCUUCCAUCACAACUCGACACCACAACUCCCUGCGAUCCCUCAUUGUGCCAAAUCGAGUGGCAGCUUCGGUACGCACAGGUCGAUGAUGCCUUAAACGACGUUCGUCAAAACAUCCGCCUCCACGCCCAUCUUAACACAUUCAAGACCCUGCACGUCCGUGGUCAGCGAGCGAGUACCCGUGCGCGGAGUGCUCUUGACCUCGCAGAGGCAAAAAAAUGCGCCAGCCGACUCAAAUAUGAGGCCGCUCGCGUGGCACUUGAUAAGCUCGGGGAUCGUCUAGGUAUGGUAGGCUUCAGAGACAUAUUUCGGCCGUUGAACGUGUCGGAUAUGCGGCCUAUGGGCGAUGCAGCGGGCCAAUCAGAAGGGAGACGCGACAUCCCCUGGAUAUGGAAGGCGCCGGGUGUUUUGCAGAAUAACGACGUGGGUCUUCAAGAUUGUUUACGUGUCGAGUGGUGUAAGGCCAGGGCACGAGCGUCCCGCUGGUCCGAAGAGUUCUCUUUGCUUAUUGAGGAGAUGCAAAGAGUAUUGGUGUUUUUCCGCUGGGAAAUGACUCAGUGGAAUGAACGAAUAUUGCUUACUGCAAAGCGCCAAGUCUCUGUACGGGAGGGUCUGGUAGCGCGUUUCUCGACGCUUUGGAGUGGUACUCUAUCCGCUGUGAUCUCCGAGCUUGAUCCGGUCCCUGAAAUCGACAACGAGGCCGACGAUCAAACACCAUCUUUGGAAGGGCCUCCAUUACAGCGUGAUGACGAGUAGUAUUACAUUCUGUUCCUACAUUCUGUUCCUUGAUGAGUAAUCUAAUGUGCCUUAUGUCUUCGAUCUUCGAAGAAGUCAGGAAGAGCCUGUGUGAUAAAAGGGA